AUCUCAUCUCUCUCUCUCUCUCUCUCUCUCUCUCUCUCUCUCUGAUUUGAGUUCCAGGAUCAGUGAGGAAAAGGAGCCUUUUUUACCACCUUUUGAGUUGGAAAUGUUGGUAGCUUUCCAAAUUGGGCUUAGAUCUCACUGUGCUGGUUCCACUAGGGAUUCAUUAAGCCCUUUUUCUCUCAUCUCGAGCACUUCACAUCAUAAGCUCAAAUUGGGCUCAUCUUCGAGGUUGAUCUAUUUGAGGAGGGAAGGGUUUUAUGGGAGGAGAAGAGGAGGCUUAAAGGUAUGUUGCGAGAGAGACGCCGCCGCAUCGGCGGUAGCAGAGAAGGCUGGAGUGGCGCUCAGCCAGCCGUCUGUUCAAAGCGACGGAAGUGCUUCGCAGCAGCUGAGCGUGGUGAUGAAGUUCGGCGGGUCCUCGGUCGCAUCGGCGGAGCGGAUGCGGGAAGUUGCCGAGCUCACACUCAGCUUUCCCGAAGAAAGGCCGGUGAUCGUCCUGUCGGCGAUGGGGAAGACGACGAAUAAGCUUUUGCUGGCUGGGGAGAAGGCGGUCAGUUGUGGUGUGACCAAUGUGUCUGAAAUCGACGAGUUGAGCUUCGUAAAAGAGUUGCAUCUCAAGACGGUAGACGAGCUUGGAGUUGAUAGAUCUGUUAUAUCUGUUUUGUUGGAUGAGCUGGAGCAACUUUUGAAAGGUAUUGCCAUGAUGAAAGAGCUGACACUUCGAACGAGAGACUACCUAGUUUCAUUUGGAGAAUGUAUGUCCACAAGAAUUUUCGCGGCAUAUUUGAACGAAGUUGGCUGCAAAGCACGGCAGUACGAUGCGUUUGAUAUUGGUUUUAUAACAACUGACGACUUCACGAAUGCUGAUAUCUUGGAAGCAACUUACCCUGCUGUUGCAAAACGGUUACAUGGGGACUGGAUUAGUGAUCCUGCAAUUCCUAUUGUAACCGGUUUCCUUGGAAAGGGUUGGAAAUCUGGUGCCGUCACUACCCUCGGCCGGGGUGGUAGUGACUUGACAGCUACUACCAUUGGUAAAGCCUUGGGAUUACGGGAAAUUCAGGUUUGGAAGGAUGUUGAUGGUGUUUUGACUUGUGAUCCUAACAUCUACACAAACGCAAAGCCUGUGCCGUAUUUGACAUUCGAAGAGGCGGCUGAACUUGCCUAUUUUGGUGCACAGGUUUUGCACCCACAAUCAAUGCGACCUGCUAGAGAAGGUGACAUACCAGUUAGGGUUAAGAAUUCAUACAAUCCUCAAGCUCCGGGUACCCUGAUCACUAAAGCAAGAGAUAUGAGUGAGGCUAUACUGACAAGUAUAGUUUUGAAAUCAAAUGUUACCAUGUUGGAUAUCGUGAGCACCCGAAUGCUUGGGCAGUAUGGCUUUCUAGCAAAGGUUUUUUCCAUAUUUGAAGACUUGGGCAUUUCUGUUGAUAGUGUGGCAACUAGCGAAGUCAGUAUUUCCUUAACCUUAGAUCCGUCAAAGCUGUGGAGUAGAGAAUUAAUCCAGCAGGAACUUGAUCAUGUGGUUGAAGAGCUUGAGAAAAUUGCAGUAGUUCACCUCCUUCAGCACAGAUCGAUAAUCUCCCUUAUUGGAAAUGUGCAGCGCUCUUCUUUAGUACUAGAAAAGGCAUUUAAUGUUCUGCGGAAAAAUGGAGUAAAUGUUCAGAUGAUCUCACAAGGGGCAUCAAAGGUGAACAUUUCGCUGGUUGUCCACGAUCGCGAGGCCAAGCAGUGCGUAAGAGCUCUCCAUUCAGCAUUCUUUGAGAAUGGCUUCAACUCGGAAGUUGAAGCUGAUCUUUUUCAGAAUGGCUCCGCAAUACUCGCGGAUCACUCCUUACGCUGAGAAUUCGCCGAAGCUGCACUAUUCAUAAUGUUGUUUACCUCAAUCUUUCUGUUUCUGAGGAUGUAACUGUUAUUGUGCGACCAUUCUUUCCACAUUUUCACCAAGUGUCUAUGCUGCUAAUUUAUGCUAGAGGAGAACUUUCGGCUUCUGAAAUACGUCGUUGUAAACAUACAGUGAUGCUGUACACUCAUCAAUCAUUGCAUGCUCCUUGAGCAAACAGAAAAGGCGCGCCGAGUAAGAUGUUUACAUAUCUAAACGCGGCGUAUCUAAAGUUGUGGCAUUCAAAUUGGCAACAUAAAGGGUGGUUUGUGCUUUCAAAGCUUAUAAGCGGCUGCUGCAGCAGGAAGCUGUUUUGUGAAUUUCCACAAGAAAGAAAUGUUGUAAGUGCUUCUUCGAAAAGCUCUUCUCCGGUCAGGCUAGUCAGGUCUGUUUCGAAGGCAAUCUGAAGUGUGUAGUCUGUGUUGUUAUUACAGAGAUUUUGAUCAUAACAUUGGCCAUUCAACUAAUGCAUAGAUGGACAUAUUUUGGGCCUUCGCUUA